AUGUCAUCCCUUGCAUUUAGAUCAUUGAGAAAUGGAUUGGGAUUAAAAAGUAUGUAAAAGGAAGAAGAAAAUAUCAAUUUGAAUUAGUACUAACAAUUUAGAUACCAUAAGAACUUUAUCAACCACAUCAACUCAAUUAUCAAAUUAUCAACAACCAGAUUAUUCACAAUAUUUAAAUAAUAAAUCAGGUCAAUCAUCUAGAAAUUUUACUUAUUUUAUGGUUGGUUCAAUGGGUUUAUUAUCAGCAGCAGGUGCAAAAUCAACAGUUCAAGCAUUUUUAUCAUCAUUAGCUGCUUCAGCAGAUGUUUUAGCCAUGGCUAAAGUUGAAGUUAAAUUAGGUGCAAUUCCAUUGGGUAAAAAUGUUAUUAUUAAAUGGCAAGGUAAACCAAUUUUUAUUAGACAUAGAACUGGUGAAGAAAUUGAAGAAGCUAAUGAUAUUGAUAUUGGUAAAUUAAGAGAUCCUCAAAAUGAUUCAGAUAGAGUUAAAAAACCAGAAUGGUUAAUAAUGGUUGGUAUUUGUACUCAUUUAGGUUGUGUUCCUAUUGGUGAAGCUGGUGAUUUUGGUGGUUGGUUUUGUCCUUGUCAUGGUUCUCAUUAUGAUAUUUCAGGUAGAAUUAGAAAAGGUCCUGCUCCAUUAAACUUGGAAAUACCGGAAUAUGACUUUACUGAUGAAGAAACUUUAUUAAUUGGUUAA